CAAGAAGCGCCUUAACCGGAAACGGGAAGUCCAUGCGUUACUUGUCUACGGAGCAGCUCGUCCGAGCUGCCCCGUCAAAUAUGCCAUAAAAUGAGACUACUUCUCCGCCAUAUUACGUCCACUGUCGUGUCGUCACCCACCAGGACACGCCCCUUCCAUCCGGGCCUUUCCGGAGGUAUAACUGGUGGUCAUGUAUGUCAUCAAUGGAGAAAAGUAAGCACAGCUUUGAGCCAGCACAUCCAGGACCUGAGCGGGCCUGAGGAGAGGCUGCUAAAUAAACUCUAUGGGGGCCUAAUAGGAGGGCAGCGGGCCUCCCUGGCAGAGUCCAUCACCCUGGUGGAGACGCAGCAUCCCCGAAAGAAAGAACUGGCCCAGGUCCUGCUUCAGCGGGUGCUCGCUUACAGGAAGGAGCAGGAGAGGCGGAAUGACGGGAAGCCCGUGGCUUUCAGAGUAGGUCUCUCCGGUCCUCCAGGGGCAGGGAAGUCCUCCUUCAUCGAGGUGGUGGGGAAGAUGCUGACUGGACGUGGGCAUAAAGUGUCAGUGCUGGCCGUCGACCCGUCCUCCUGCACGACGGGAGGCUCGCUGAUGGGUGACAAGACCCGCAUGACGGAACUCUCCCGGGACAUGGACGCCUUCAUCAGGCCGUCGCCGACCUCCGGGACGCUCGGCGGCGUUACCAGGACGACCAACGAAGCUAUCGUUCUCUGCGAGGGGGCUGGAUAUGAUGUUGUCCUUGUGGAGACUGUGGGUGUGGGCCAGUCAGAGUUUGCAGUGGCGGACAUGGUGGACAUGUUUGUGUUGCUGAUUCCCCCAGCAGGGGGCGACGAACUGCAGGGUAUCAAGAGGGGCAUCAUUGAGAGGGCUGACCUGGUGGUGGUGACAAAGUCGGAUGGGGAUCUGGUUGCGCCAGCCAGGAGGAUCCAGACUGAAUACACAAGUGCUCUGAAGCUACUCAGGAGGCAGUCCAGGUCAUGGAACCCCAAGGUCGUGCGGGCUUCUUCGCACAGCGGGGAGGGCAUCCCAGAGGUCUGGGCCAGGAUGGAGUCUUACCGGGAAGCCAUGUUGGCCAGUGGGGAAUUGCAAGUCCGGCGGAGAGCCCAGCAGAAGGUCUGGAUGUGGAGCUUGAUCCAGGAGAACGUGCUUGCCCAUUUCCAGCAUCACCCCAGCGUCAGGGAGGCUCUGCCCCACCUGGAACAGAGGGUCAGAAGAGGGGACAUCUCCCCUGGCCUGGCCUCCGACUUGCUACUAAAAGCCUUCCUGUCGUCGUCCCCGUAGUCUGUAUUGGGAUGGAGGCCUCACAAUGAAACAGUUAGUACUUGACUAUUUUUAACCAAAUCUGGGCCAUUUCAGAGGACGUAUUUAUGCCGACCACAGAAGAAUAAUUCACUGAAAACAACUGGACUUUUAAAAUUUGAGUGAUGGCUUGUGACAUUUGUAAAGGUUUGCAGAUUACUUAUCAUUUUGCCUAACAGAGGGUGAUGAUGUAUGUCAAUAUCAUGAAUACACUAUUAAAAUAAAGUCCAUA